GGCCAAAUCCUUUCCUCUGUUUUUGGACCUUGGCUUGCCGUGUCAGAAACCCAACUGAUAACUAAAACCCACCAUCACAAUCCAGAAUUUGUCGCAGAGCAGAGCAGAAGAGAGAGAAACCGAGCGAGAGUGAUGACCGAAGCGCUGAAGCGAGACUACCGAAUCUGCGAGGAGAUCGGACGCGGUCGCUUCGGCGUCGUCCGCCGCUGCGAGCCCCUGCGCCCCUCGGCCGAGCCCUCCUCCGCCUCCUCCCUCGCCGUCAAGUCCAUCGACAAGUCCGCCGUCUCCGGCGACGACCUCGACUCCCACUGCCUCCUCAUGGAGCCCAAGGUGCUUUCCCUCCUCUCCCCGCACCCGAACCUCCUCCGCAUCCACAGUACCUACGAGGACUCCUCCCACCUCCACCUCGUCCUCGACCUCUGCGACUCCCCCGACCUCCACCUCGCCGUCGCCUCCGCCGGCCCCCUCCCGGAGCCCGAGGCCGCCCGGAUCCUCUCCCAGCUGAUGUGCGCCGUCGCUCACUGCCACCGCCACGGCGUCGUCCACCGGGACAUCAAGCCCGACAACAUACUCUUCGACUCCCGGGGCCGGCUGAGGCUGGCGGACUUCGGUUCCGCGGAGGUGAUUGGGGGAGACCCGGCGGCAAGGUUGAAGGGGGUCGUGGGGACGCCGUACUACGUGGCGCCGGAGGUGGUGGAGGGGAGGGAGUACGGGGAGAAGGUGGACCUGUGGAGUGCGGGGGUGGUGCUGUACGUGAUGCUGGCGGGGUUCCCGCCGUUCAACGGGGAGAGCGUGGCGGAGAUCUUCGGGGCGGUGCUGCGGGCGAACCUGAGGUUCCCGCCGCGGGCCUUCCGGUCGGCGUCGGCGACGGCAAAGGAUCUGCUCAGGAAGAUGCUGUGCAGGGAUGUUUCCAGAAGAUUCUCUGCCGAUCAAGUGCUCAGGCAUCCAUGGCUGACCAGCUUUGGAGGAGGAGCAGAAGCGGCCGAUCUACAAAUCUAACCUGAAUGAACAGCUUUUUAAUUUUUUAUUUUUGGCUUUAGCUAAGUAAGGCAUCAGGCGUGCCAUUGUGAAUAGUUUUGUGCAAGGAGUGGCUGGAUGGAUGUGUGAAUAUAAUAGCCAUGAAGGUGGGAAGUGACUCAUGUAGAUGGGAUUUCCCGAAGGAAAUCACUGUUUCUUCCUCUGUUUUCUUUGAGGGGAUCGCGUCUGUA